UGUCAACAGCCUCUCGCUUCUGCCGCCACCUGGCACCGCACCGCACCGCGCGCUCCUAUCAGCUUGUUAUUUGCUUCGAGUGCCGCACUUUCUUGGUUCGCUCCAAUCUUUCCCUGUUCAGUUAUUGUGCUCCCCUUCACACACAAUCCGCCCGUCACGCCACAAUGCCCGUCAAGAAGGAGGAGGGCAUGAGCGCCUUCGAGCGCAAGCGCCUCGAGAAUAUCGCCGCCAACCGCGCAAUACUCACGGAUAUUUCGACGACUGCAAAAAAGAUUAUCCCCGAUAAAAAGCCGACGAAGCCCGCACCGCGAAAGAAGCGACACAGCGAACCCAUCAAACGCGAGCCUACGCGGCCUACCCGCACAAGCUCCCGCCUCGCCGGAAAAGACGCCGACGUGGACACGUUGAAGCGAAAGUUCGAGGUAGAAGCCGAACAUGAGGCCCAGAAUGCAAAGGCCAAGAAGAUGCGCGUGAGCAGCGAUUUGAAUCUGGGCGAUAUUGUGGUAGAGGGCAGAAAAUGGGGCAGCGGCGUCGACGGACUAAAGGGCAUCGUGCGCGGCGCCGAGCCUGGUGUCCGGACAUUCACGGAGGACGACGUCAAGGAAACGACGGACCAGAACCUCAAGGAUCUGCGGCUCCGCAUGGGGGGCUUGAAGUUAUACGAGCAUUGGGUUCCUAAUGACAUCAAAAUCACUCCACAGCGAGUAUACGCCCUUGGCUUCCAUCCCAGCGAGGAUAAGCCCAUCGUCUUUGCUGGCGAUAAGGAGGGUGCCAUGGGCGUCUUUGAUGGUUCUCAGACCGCGCCCGAGGUCGACGACGAGGACGAGGACGCCGACAUCCCCGAUCCGGUCAUAUCAGCCUUCAAAACGCACGCGCGCACAAUUACAUCCUUCGUUUUCUCGCCUACUGACGCCAAUGGCGUCUACACAUCGUCAUACGACUCCUCAAUACGCAAAAUGGACCUUGAGAAGGGCCUGUCGACGCAAAUAUUUGCCCCGGCCGAUGAAAACGAAGACCUCCCGAUCUCGGCCCUGGAUAUGGCCGUGUCUGAGCCAAACGUCCUUUAUUUCUCUACCCUUGAGGGCGGUGUUGGUCGUUACGAUGUGAGAGCCCCCGGAAGCCAUGAGAUCUGGCAGCUGUCAGAACAGAAGAUUGGGGGCUUCUCCCUGCAUCCGUUGCAGCCUCAUCUUCUUGCCACGGCGUCUCUGGACAGGACCAUGAAGGUCUGGGACUUGAGGAAAAUUGAGGGCAAGGGUGAUAUGCGACACCCUUCCCUGCUGGGCGAGCACGAGUCGCGCCUCUCGGUAUCGCAUGCGUCCUGGAGCGCCGGCGGCCAAGUUGCAACUUCCUCUUACGACGAUACUGUCAAGAUUUACGACUUUUCAUCCGCGUCGAGCUGGAAGCCGGGUCAGGACAUUUCACCAAAGGCCAUGGAGCCAGCUUACACAGUACGGCAUAACAACCAGACAGGGCGUUGGGUUACGAUCCUGAAGCCCCAAUGGCAGAAGCGCCCCCGCGACGGCAUUCAGAAAUUCGUCAUCGCCAACAUGAACCGUUUCGUCGACGUGUUUGCAUCGGAUGGCAGCCAGCUGGCGCAGCUGGACGGCGACAACAUCACCGCUGUGCCGGCCGUCGCUCACUUCCACCCGACCAUGGACUGGGUGGCGGGCGGUAACGGGAGUGGAAAACUGUGUCUGUGGACCUGAGGGGCGGGACCGAGGCGCGUAACGCUGGACGACUAGCCUGGCAUUAUUGUACACAUGGUGCUUGUAUAUAUACCGUGAAUCUAAGCUGUG